AUGAUUGAAGUUCCUGAACCUGUACGCCCUGACUACGAAAAGCGAGGGACCACUGUACUGUGUAAAAUUUAUUUUUUUAUUUGCAGAGUUUUAACACUCCCAGAGGCUGUUCCAAAGAUCCAGUUUGCUGCCUACAAGGCCCGCAUUGAUGCUCCUGGUAUGGUUGAUGACUUUCAGAAGCAGUAUGAGGCCUUGCAGAUUCCUUAUCCAGCUGACACUGUAUCAGGAAAGAUAGCAGAAAUUGAAAAGCAAGCUGCAGCAGAAACUGAAGUCUUUAUUAAAGAAAGUGAAGCUCGUAUUGUCAAACUGAAGGAAGAGCUCGUUCGAUGGGAGAAGAUGAUUCCUUACGAGCAAAUGACUAUGGAGGAAUUUGCGGAGCAGUUCCCAGAUGAUGCAAUCAACCUGGAGAAACCAACGUUGUGGCCCCACACCCCUGAGGACCAGCCUGGAUAUGUGCCCAAGGAAGGUGCCGAGGCUUAAUAUUAAUUGUUCACUUAGUGAUUUGUGUUGAAAUUUCUCGAGGAAAAUGUUAAGUAUGUUAACCAAUUUCUUGUAAUGAAUGAACAGUCUAGUGUAAAUAUUUAGGUGUAUGAUAUUUGUAUCAGGAAAGAAAAAUCAAUAAAUUAUCCAGAAACUAC